AAAGCACAAAGCGCAAAGCACAAACCACAAACAACCACACCAUGAUGUCAACGUCCAGCACUACCUCGAGCAACAGCCGGCCCACCAUGACGGUGGUAAAUGGUCGGCUGCCCCAGAUAGCCACUCCAUCUCAUUAUGACUUGACGUUUACUCAAGUGGAUCUGGAGGGAUUCACAUUUAGUGGGACCGUGGUGAUGUCCUUGACUCGCUCUUCCACAGCCGAAGCAGUCGACCAUUCGUCUCUGGUGGUCCAUGCCCGGGAAUUGCAGUUGCUCAGCUCCACAUUGACCCGUAAAUCAGAUGACAGUUCGUUCCAGGCAGUCGAGUUUCGGUAUCAGUUGCACCAUGAGACAUGUGAAAUCGUCUUUGACAGCAGCCCUUGGACUACUACUAGUGGACCUAGUAACACUGACACGGAGUGCACAUUGACCAUGGAGUUCUGUGGCAUUCUCAAUGAUCAAAUGGCAGGAUUCUACAGGAGUCAGUACACGGAUCUACAGGGACGAUGCAUCACCAUGGCAUCGACGCAGUUUGAACCCACCGAUGCCAGGAGGGCGUUUCCGUGUUGGGAUGAACCUGCCUUGAAGGCCACCUUUCAAAUGACCGUCAUACUGCCCAAUCACCAGUUGCAAGCCAUUUCCAAUACACCCAUUAUAUCCAGUCAUACGACUAUGUCGACUAGUAAUCAAACAUUGAUCAAGACGGUCCGAUUCGACAAGACACCCAAAAUGUCUACGUAUCUCGUCGCAUUGGUGAUUGGACAAUUCGAUUCCAUUUCCACCACGUCCCCACAAUCCCAAAUUCAAACCACCGUCUAUACCCGACCCGGCAAGGCCGCCCAAGGACAAUUCUGUUUGGACACGGCCAGUCAAUGUCUGGAUUUCCUACAAGAUACCUACGGGGUUCCCUAUCCGCUGGGCAAGAGUGAUUUGAUUGGGAUUGCCGAUUUUGCAGCCGGUGCCAUGGAAAACUGGGGUUGUGUCACCUAUCGAGAAGCCAAAAUUCUCGUCACGGCAGGGACAUCGACCACUAUGAAACGAGGGAUUGCCCGGACCGUUUGUCAUGAAUUGGCGCAUCAGUGGUUUGGCAAUCUCGUCACACCCGAGUUUUGGACACAACUAUGGCUCAAGGAAGGAGUGGCACGGUUCAUGGAAUUUGUUGCCCUGGAGCACUUGUUUCCGGAAUGGAAACCAUGGGAAGAGUUUGUGCAAUCCGUAUACAAUUUGGCGCUCUCGUUGGAUUCAUUGGAAUCCAGUCAUCCCGUGGAGGUCGUUGUGACACAUUCCGAUGAAAUCAAUGAAAUCUUUGAUGCCAUUUCGUAUGCCAAGGGCGCCAGUAUCAUUCGAAUGCUCUGUCACUACAUUGGCAAGCAGACCUUUAUGGAUGGGAUGAGACUCUAUCUGCAGCGACAUGCCUAUGGGAACACUACUAGUGAAGAUUUCUGGGCAGCAUUGGCCGAAGUCUCGGGCAAACCAUGUGUGAAAUUCAUGGAACCGUGGACAAAACUAAUGGGAUUCCCACUCUUGCAGUUGAUACAAGACGACAACAAUAGUAAGAUCACCAUGACCACCAAUCAGUUUCGUUCCAGCAACACUGCGGCGUCAUCCACGGAGAACACCACUACUAAAGAAUGGCCCAUGCCAGUGACUGCCCGCGUGGAAGGAAGCGACAAAGUCUUUGGACCGUGGGUCCUGCAUGGACCGGACCACGACGAUUCGGAAGCCUUUUUAAAGCAACUGGAAGAAUGGUCGGCAGGCAACAAGUGGUUCAAACUCAAUGUAGAUCAACACGCAUUCUUCCGUGUCAACUACACGCCCCAACAGUGGAGCCGCUUGGCAAACGCCAUGACGUCCUUGUCAGUGACAGAUCAACUGGGAUUGGUCGGCGAUUCCUUUGCGGCAGGAAAGUUUGGAUAUGCCUCUAUUGUGGACUCGUUGAAACUGGUUGAAGGAUUUGGAGAACACGAUACUGCAGAGUAUGUGGUAUGGCAGGAGUUGGCAGGAAACCUAUCUACAUUGGCGUCCUUGUACCGCUCGGAGCCCUACUAUCCUCAGUUUCAAGACUAUGUAAAGAAACUGUUUGCCAAACAAGCAGGAAUUCUCGGGUGGGAGUCAUCUCCCGAUGAGUCGGCUCGCACAGGCACCCUCCGUGGAUCUGUCCUCCGUAUGAUGGGGAUUGCCAAUGACGCCGAAACGAAGGCAGAAGGAUACAAGCGAUUCAUGGAGCUUACCCGAAUGCCGUCCUUGGAGGGAGCUGUUUCCGGUGACAUUCAACGAGUCCUGUUUCAUUUGGCAUUGAAGCAUGAUGAAGCAACGGUCUUUCCCGCCCUCAAGCGUGUCGUGGAAGAGCACGCUGGAUUAUCCCCAGAGACCCAGCGCGACUGUUUGGUGGUAAUGGGAUCGGUGCAUGAUGCAAAAUUUCACAACGAAAUGCUGGAAUAUGUUUUCUUUUCUGGCAAGGUCCGACAUCAGGACGUCGCCUUUCCUUUGAGUGCCCUCAGCGGUGGUAGCGACCAAGGCGGACGGGCUACCUGGAAUUUCUUUGUUCAGAAUUAUCACAAAUUGCGUUUGAUGCUUGGGGCUGGUUUCUUGUGGAGAGACGUUGUGGGCGUUUCCGCUAGGGGACUUCGAACACUGAAGGAAGCCCAAGAAGCGGAGGAUUUCUUCAAGGAUCCUAAACAUCCCGUGGGUUCGGGCGCCCGUAGACUGCAACAGGCUUUGGAAGUGGUUCGCAACCAGGCUGGGCGUAUCGAGCGUGACCGCGAAGCCCUGACCAAGUUUUUCCAAGCAUAGACGUUUCUAGUGCUCUGUCGCUUCCGUCUCUGGUGCGCUGAUGUGGGGAAAUUUCAAUAUGACAAUUAACUUCUUUACCUAGAGGCAUACUUUACUACUCUAGAGGCAUAUUUCGCUACAAACAUUCACCACAACUAAUCUCGACUCAAUUGUCUUGCAACCGCCAUUUACCAGCAACAGUCCAACACCUCCCCUUCCACGGUCGGCUCCAAAGACCAAAGUUCAUCACCCGCGGUGAUGUUGGUUCCUUUCACCACCCUCCCGUUCAAUGUGACGAGGGUGUAGUCUUCAUACACAAAGCUUCUCUUCUCGAAGAAGCUGCCAUCGCAGUAAUAGCAGCUCUCUGGGAAUUCUUGGUGGUGGUUGACGCGGAACAAUUCCUGGAUUCCCUGGCUUUCGGCAUUUCCAACAUCCAGCACCACGAAACCUUCGAAUGCUUCCUGGUUGGGGCUUUGCGUCUCUGGGGAUCUUUCCACUACCGUUGAGUUGUGGUCAACCACAAAAAAGUCGUCGUCAUGGUAGGCAUAGAUUGGGUGGAUGGAAGCGGGAACAAUCAGCUUUCCAUCCUUGUAUUGAACAGCCUUUGACUCGUAUUCGCUGACGGAAUAUGAGUUGGCUUCAUCUGGGUCGGCCAGCAUGUAGCUAUCCACAACCUUGGGCUCCGAUGGGUCGGACACAUCGAAGACGCUGAUCAGCACCCCGGUGUUGAUCUGAUCCAAACCUGCACCAGUGGUGUUUUGCCCAAUGCCGACCAGCAUACUGGAAUCCUCGUUCAGGGGGUGCAAGUACCGAGCGAAUCCUUGCAAUGUGACUGAUCCCUUAAUAGCGGGGGCUUCACCUGGGGCCAGCUCAAGCACAUAGAACGGAUCUCUCUCGUCGAAAGUCAUUGCGUACGAAAAAGUCUCGCCAAAUCGAACCGCAGUGAUGAUUUCGUGGGGUUCUCCAAUGCGGACACGCCCAAUUUCCGUCAUCUUCCCCUGUUGGGCAACGUCGAGCACAACGACAAAGUUGUCUGUCGAUGAGAUGUCCUCGUCGGUUGUGGUGGCGUUGAUGUCGCAAAUGAACGUGGCUGGGCAACCAGUCUUGACAACUUUUCCGGCGGGGCAGUCAAUCGCGACAUCAAAGCAUUCAUCCCAGUUCUCCUCUGUGAUGCAGGGAUCCUCGUUCCAGUAUUCAUCUCCACAUGCUUCCCAGACUGUGUCCACGGGGAACCACUUUUGAAGAGUUGUGGCGACUCGGAGAUCGUUGCCCUGAACAUCAAGCGAGUGCUUGGAUGCCAUUCGUCCCUCCAAUAGAGCAAUAGAUUGGAAGGUGGCUCCUACCUGAUUUCCUCCUUCGACGAUGUUCAGGUUCAAAAGGAACAAAGACUCUUGGCUGCGCUGAGUGGCUUCAUUCCAUUCGGAGUUUUCAAGUGACAAUACAAGCGCAUUAUCGGUACCGUAGAGUUUGGCUGAUGAGGAGGGGACGAAGGCCCCGGCCGUGGAAACCUGCAAAUCCUCAUUCCCUUCGACCGAUAGAAAGUCGUUGGCGUUGAUGGUGGUGAUCUGCUUGUAGAAGGCCAGCGACUCGUCAAAACUGCCAAAGUAGUCAGCAAAGUGCCAUGGUUCGACAAAUCCCUCCGGUUUCCAUGCGUUCAAUCGAAGCAUUGAUGGGAUCUGAUCAUCAACGGACAAACCUUGACUGAUGGCUUGGACAAACCUGGGGAUUAGGUGCGUUUCAGCCAGCCCAGAAGCCGCUUGGAUGUAGUCAGCCUGUGACAUCCAGGGGAAGUAUCGGACAUCAAGGGCGUCGGUGAAAUCGUAGAUUGCAACACUACUGCUGCUCAAGAUCUGAAUGCUGUUGCUCUCCUGCAUCCAGAGUCCGUCUUCAUACAAUCCGUUGACGAUUUUGGACGCCACCUUCAGCAUGGCUGCAUUCGUUGACGUUGGCUUUGUGUACACAAUCACUCGAGUUGCCCCUUGGUUUUGAAGGCCUUUUUGGCUGUCCCAGUCAACGGAAACAUCAGUGACGAUGACAACAUGUUCCUCAGUGAGAAGCACGGCUCGAAUGAACUCCUUUUGAGUCCAACCAUAUUCAUCGGGUUCUCCCUUUGGCGUCGCCACCUGUUGAAUCAAUUCGCCUCCGCGGGUCAUCACCAGCAAGUAGUUCCCGUAGGCCGCGUAGAUGAAUUCACCGUCGCUCUUGACAAUAUCAGCUUCGUCAGCAGUCUUUUCUUGGUUGUUUGUUGUGCCACCCUUUUGUGAGUUUGAAGCCCUGACUUGUUUAUCGGUGCCAGCCGAGGCAACAGCUGCAGCAGUCCCCGCUGCGACUGCUGCCGCGGUUGUGGUGUCAUUCAAGCCCUCAACAUGGUUGAUUCCGUUGUAGUGAUAUUGGUUGCUGUUUUGGACGUUCCACAAGAUGACAUUGCCUGCAAUAUACUUCAAGACAUCGGUGAGGUCCGCCUCGAACUCUGCUUUGGAAGCGUAUCCAUCAACAAUGCCUUCAGAGAAGGGCUGUAGCUUGGCAUCUCCAAAGGGGUUCUCCAGUGCCGGGGCAUCCGUUUUCGCACCCGUAGUGCCGGUCUUGGCUGUCUCGUUGCUUGCAGAAAGACUCUGACUCUGCAAUUGCGAUGCAGGGAUAUCCGGCAAGUCGCAAUCAACUUGUUUGCCUUUUCGGGUCUGGGUAACAGCCACGGCAACAACGAUUGUCACCAUCAAAAGAAAGGCGAUAACAGCCCCCAAGAGGAUGUUGCGUUUCUUUGUGCCACCAUUUUUGUCGCUUCCAGCUUGUGGGUCUCCCUUUCCGGAUUCGUCUGCAGCUUUCUCGACAUCAUAGUUUGUUCCUUCGAGAGACACGUUCUCCAUUGUUGUCUCUUCUUCGUUCGUGUUGUUAUCCUUUGGAUUCAUCUUUGUUGUGGUUCGCUCUUCUGUGUUCCUUUCUGCUUCGAUUUGUUGUUUGUUAUUGUUUGCUUUUUGCUUUUGUGAGCUUUCCUAUCGGCGUUGCGGAUCUGGAGGACCAGAGGCAAGAUCUCUUUACGUCUCGGAUCGCCAUGCACUUCCUGGCACCCACCACGACCUCAGUCGUCAACUUUUCUAGCGUUGACGAGCUUCAGUAAAUUCAGUCUUCUUAGUAAAAUUCUGUGCUGAACGCUGGGGAGAGUAUCUUUGCCCGACUGGGC